CCACCAUCCCGGUCCUCGGAACGGGCGGAGAAUGGCCUGCAGUCGCGCCGCUCCAGCUGUGUGUCUUGACGGAAAACACUCCUCCUGCUCCCUGCCGUUCUAUUUUGAAUCGAUGCGGAAUGCUUAAGUUGGGUUCCAGACGGUAGGCCCGCUAGCCCAACUCCGCCUCUGAAACGCAGCUACCAUACAUCUCUCGCAAUGUUCUUCGCCCAGCCGCGCUCCCGUACAGCGAGCGUCGCACCUCUUUUUAUCUUACUGGCAUCCGCUGUACAGUGCAUGGCAGAUUCGGAUGAUAACUCAUCUGCAUCAGACUCAGCUGUAGACUUCACGGUCAUUGUCAUUGCCAUCUGCGCCUUCCUCCUUAUUCUGGUGAUAUGGUGUCGAUGGGUGAUGAUCAGGCGUCGUCGUACGCACACCGCACCGUCGAUAAUGGCUCAAAGCGGGCCAAUCUUACCAACCCUCCAACCUCCACUUGCCCGUAACAACGCCCGCCCAUUACACUCGCAAGAGUCUUACCUCGGCGAGAACAACGCCAAUCGGACGGUUGUGAUGCGGCAGGAGCCUCCUCCAGCAUACCAUGGCAAGGAUCUUGCGGAGGGUGAGAUGGUCAUUCCUGUGGAAACAGGCCUCCAGCCCCCAUCUAUGGACACCGAGACCCUCCCGACAUAUACAACACCCACUAUCUCAGCUCUACCCCCAGCUUAUAUGCCCGAAAAUGACGCAUCUCCCGCUGAUAACUCGGCCGUACAUCCUCGAGUGACAUCGUGAGGAGUUUUGAGUAUACUGAGGAGUGGCCCAAAGUUUGAAUUGAACUGCCGUUUCUUUUUGCCAACCCAUGUAUCGCUAACACGUCUAGAAUUGUAUAACAGGCGUCCGGAUGUAUCGCUACAGUGAUGAAUAAGACUCCCCUUUGGUUACGACACCCCGC